UAGAAUGGCGGAACACGGGGCACGAAUUCCGCGUAUGCGCGGAAAGCUGAUGGCGGCAGUGGCCAUCCUCCGACUGUAAAGAUACGGAACCGUUGCUGAGCGACAAGUCACAACCCUCCAAGGCUGAUAAUAAGCCGUGACAAUCAGCAGCAGCGACGUGCCAGGGCAGCCAGGCGCUUUAGAGCCACGGCUUAAGUCUGAGACGACAGACGGCGGAUGGACAAGUGCGUGCCCGGAUGCUUAAAACUGGACCAGUGCCUUUUACUUUGGGUGAUUUCAACAACCCUGUGGACAAUCCCCAAUAGCAUUUGUUGCUAGAAAGGUUGCACACGUGUAGUGCAACAAUGGAUUUGCUUAAAGUGCUUUAUGUGGAUGAGUUGGCCCAUGGGCUGGCAAACUUAUCCAUGUUCCCAUACUUUGACAUGGCGCAUUACAUCGUAUCAGUGAUGUCCCUGAGGGAGCAGCCAGGAGCCCUGGAGGUGUCUCGGGUCAGUCCGUUGGCCUGCUGGUUCAGCUCUAUGCUCUUCUGUUUUGGAGGAGCCGUUCUCUCGGGGAUCAUGCUGGCCGAGCCCCCAGUGGCACCACUGUCCAAUGGAACCAGUGUUCUCCUGGCCACAAUUGUUUGGUACCUGGUGUUCUAUUGCCCCGGGGACCUGUUGUACUGCUGCACUGCCUUACUGCCCCUGAGGCUGGUGCUGUCAGGGAUGAAGGAGGUGACUAGAACAUGGAAGGUGUUGGGAGGUGUGUCUCAGGCUCACGUCAAGUACAAGGACAGUCUUCUGGUUAUGAUUGCCAUUGGCUGGGCAAGAGGAGCCGGAGGAGGCUUGAUAAGCAAAUUUGAACAACUUGUAAGAGGUGUAUGGCAGCCAGAAACAAAUGAGCUUCUAAAAAUGACCUACCCCACGAAGAUCACGCUGAUUGGAGCAGUGCUAUUCUCUCUGCAGCACACCCAGUACUUGCCUGUUCAAAAGCACCACUUGAUGCUCAUCUAUACAGUCUUUCUCGUUGCCAACAAGUCAAGAAUGAUGCUGACGGGCUCCUCUGUCUCACCCUUCGCUCCCAUUGAGUCCAUCAUUUACAAAGCACUUUUCAUCGGGUCCUCCCAUUAUGCUGCUCUCACCGAUGACCUCCAGGACUCGUGUACGGACCAAGAUGCCUCGGCCUCCUCCAGUAACAGGGGAGCUGUAAAAAAGCACACUGCAGCCUCUCAAAAUAAUGGGAAAAACAAAUUGCUCCAAGCCAAAGAUGAAGGGAAGGCAUGCACGGAAAGUAGCAAGAAGUCCAAUUAGUCACUUUUUGCCUAUAGCUCCUUUUCAGCACUGAGUGGGGCUGGGAGGCCAUGUAUGAAUCACUCAUAAGUCAGGGGUCAUUUGAACUUUUUUUUUUUGACCAAAUGUAAACAAGCUUUAGUUGGCCUGCCAGUUCCCGGUUGUGGAGUAUCAACUACUAUGAGUACAUUUAUGACAUAAGUGAAUAAGUGAAACGUAUGACGUUUCACUUAUUAUGUUUCACUUUGUACAUCUUAAAGAGACAAUGUAGCGGAAAGUCAAAUUGUAUAUUUAUUGUUUUUGUGAACUGCUGUUUAUUCAGGGCUAUAUGAAAUUAAGUGUGAUUAGGUUUUGGGAACAGUGCCGAUCAGUUGGUUCUGAUCUGAGUGACUGAAUGUCUUUCUGAGUGUUUUAAAUGCUAUAUUUCUUACAGAGAAAAAUAUUUUAAUCAUGAGAUUAUAUUAUAUCAGAUGUUUUAUUCUAUUUAUACAAUUCUAAUUGCACUCUCGGGUGUGUAACAUGUCCAAAGGAAGACAUUUUACUGUUUUCUGUUUCUUCAUUCAGUGCUUUGAAUUACAAUUGAAAGCAUAAGAAUAAACCUCUUGCACAAGCACA